AUGUCCUACAACAUCGCCGGCAAGGCCAUCAAGAACGAGUACAUCGCUCUCGGCACCAUCUUCACCACCAUUGGCAUUGCCCUCGCUUCGUCGGGUGGUGGUGACAAGAAGGUGGCUGCCGCCCCCGCCCCCGUUGCCAAGGACACCACCAUCAACACUGGCAGCAAGGAGGAGGACGAGUUCAUCCGCGCUUUCGUCGCCGCGGCUGAGGAGAAGCCCGCCGCGCACUAA